CACCUUGUUAGUUAAUAAGACUUUCUUAUUCCAUAGUUUUGAUCAAAGAUGACAUCUGCUGCUGACAUUUUGCAUUUCCAGCUGCCUGGCCAUGAGGCGGCCACUCUCCGCAGCAUGAACCAGCUACGUUCAGAGGAACGUUUUUGUGACGUGACUAUCCUCUCUGAAAGCCUUAAAUUCAGGGGCCACCGUGUGGUGCUGGCAGCUUGUUCUCCAUUCCUCAGAGACCAGUUCCUCCUGAACCCAGGUUCUGAGCUCCAGGUUUCCAUCAUGCAUGGAUCCAAAGUUGUAACAGAUCUUCUACUUUCUUGCUACACUGGGCUGCUGGAAUUUCCCGUCAGGGAGAUCGUCAACUACUUAACUGCCGCUAGUUAUCUGCAGAUGGAACAUGUGGUGGAGAAGUGUCGCCAAGCCUUGUGUCAAUUUAUUGAUCCUCAGAUAGGCCUGAGGGACACUAUCAAUACUAUCAGAACCACACCCACUCGAAAUGCUUCAUCUACAACAACAUCAACAGGCCCAAGUCGUCCACCUGAUCAUUCUAGAUCUUUGAAACCAGAGGUUAAGAUGACAGACGACAGUGAAGAGGAAAUGCUGAUGAUGGCAGAAGAGGAGGAAGAUGAGGAGGAGGAAGAAGAAUCAACCUCAAAUAUCUGCAUUGUGAAACUGGAGGCUGGUAUGGGUGACGGUGGAGGGGAAAAAGAACGGAGGUCAUGGGAUAAAGGAGAGCAGAACUUGGUAGAACAGCCCGAGGAGGCUUUGGUCAACUCUACCGUCGAAGGUGGAGAAACAGGAGAUGGAACUAUCCAACGAGGUGGAGUGAUGAAGGCCAUCUAUAGCGAUGAAAUGGAAAGCGCGGAGGGGGUACUUAUUAUUCCAAGUAGCUAUCACGAAGAUGAGGAAGAGACUAUAGAAGGGGGCAUGGGUGGCUGUCAAAGCAGUGUUGUGAUUGAGGGAUCUUCAAGAAAUGCUUUGGGCGGACUGGCAUCACUGGGGACGAUGGUCUUAGGAGACGCACGGCUAGGAAUGAAACGGACUUUAAGAUGCUGCAAGUGCGACGAGACCUUUCAAGGGGUGGAGAAGCUUGUGUUCCACAUGCGGGCACAGCACUUUGUCUUCAUGUGCCCACGUUGCGGGAAACAGUUCAACCACAGCAGCAACCUGAACCGCCACAUGAAUGUACACAGAGGGGUAAAAUCCCACUCCUGCAACAUAUGCGGCAAGUGCUUCACGCAGAAAUCGACGCUCCACGACCACCUUAACCUCCACAGCGGGGAGCGUCCAUACCGCUGCUCUUACUGUGACGUCAGGUUUGCCCACAAGCCCGCCAUAAGGCGCCAUCUCAAGGAGCAACAUGGAAAGACCACGGCGCAGAAUAUCAUGGAAGCCGGUGUGGUCGAGAUGAACAUCAUGCUGGGAUGUGGCACUGGAUGAGAGGACAUUGAAGGGACCUGCGUAGGGAGCAAGUUUGAGCUUUAAACAAGUUUUGUCCACUUUGUAUUUGCACUAAUGGACUGCUAGAUGUACCUUUUUUUAGGCCUAGUGACUUUUUUCAACCUCCGUGACUGCCAGUUUCACAUGUUUAGCUCUGUAAAAUGGUUACAAUGUUGUUUGGCCGGCUUUUGGCAGCUUCAGGCCCCUCAGCUUUUAUUUGGACAACUAGAAGUUCCAGCGUGCACUGCCAGAAGCUUUUUUGAAGACCUGCUUUUGUCUGUUACAAACUACCACUGCCAUCUUGUUAGCUUCUUCUGUAGCAAUAUUAAUGAGAACAUCGGAAGUAUA